AUGCUUUACAUCUAUUUUACAGGGGUCGUGAAAGGGAUUGAAGCUCCUAUGAUUCAGACCGGAGUCUGCCUUAAGAAAUUAGGCAGACACAUUAAAACUCAGGCAUGGUCUUAA